AUCAUCAAAGGGUUCCCACUUCACCGACAGGCGACGCCGCUGUUUGUUUGUUGCCACUUCCGGGCGAGCCGUCGGUGCAUUUUCUGCACGAUCACAUCCCUGGUAGAGGAGGAGGAGGAGGAGGAGGAGGAGGAGGGAGAGGAAGAGGAGAGGAAAAGAAGUUGAGCAGCAUCGAUGCUUCGUGCAGGAAGGAUGGAGGAGUUUGUGACGGAGGAAGAGGAGCCGUGGUACGACCAGCGGGACCUGGAGCAAGACCUGCACUUGGCUGCAGAGCUCGGGAAAACUCUUCUGGAGCGCAACAAGGAGCUGGAAGAUUCCCUCCAACAGAUGUACGUCAACAAUGAGGAGCAGGUCCAGGAGAUUGAGUACCUCUCCAAGCAGCUGGAGAUGCUGAGGGAGAUGAACGAGCAGCACGCCAAGGUGUACGAGCAGCUGGACGUCACCGCCAGGGAGCUGGAAAUCACCAACGAGAAGCUGGUGCUGGAGAGCAAGGCCUCGCAGCAGAAAAUAGACAGGUUGACGGGCACCAUGGAGACGCUGCAGGGUCAGGUGGACAGUCUGACGGCUCGCGUGGAGGAGCUGCGGACCCUGGAGGAGCUCAGGGUCCACAGGGAGAAGAAGGAGCGCCGCAAGACCGUCCACUCGUUCCCCUGCCUCAAGGAGCUCUGCACCGCGCCGAGGUAUGAAGACGGUUUCCUGCUGGCCAAUCCGGGCAGCGUGGACCUGGCUGAGCGGGAGCCGCUGGACGAAGAGAACGACCGCCUCCGAGACAUCGUGUCCUCCCUGCGCUCGGCCAUGGCCUCGGAGCGCUCCCUGCGGGAGAGCGCCGAGCGGGAGUGCGCCACCGUGCUGCAGGAGUUCGAGCGCCUGGAGCAGCGGCUCCUGGGCGCCGAGGGCUGCCAGCUGCGCGUCCAGGAGCUGGAGGCCGAGCUGCAGGAGAUGCAGCAGCUCAGGAAGUCCCGCAUGUGUCUGAUCGGGGACAUGGAGGACGGCCUGGAGACGCUGCUCAGCAACGGCCCCGAGACGGACACCCCGGAGGACGGCGCGGGGCUGGAGGAGGGCGGCGAGGGGGGCGGGGAGGCCGGCGGGACGGGGCAGCAGGGCGUCCCCGUGAGGAAGAGCUGCAGCGACACCGCCCUCAACGCCAUCUCGGCCCGCGACGCCUCGGGCCGGCGGCAGGGCAGCUACGCGCUCCACGCCAACGGCGUGCGCAAGCGGGGCAUGUCCAUCCUGCGCGAGGUGGACGAGCAGUACCACGCGCUGCUGGAGAAGUACGAGGAGCUGCUGGGCAAGUGCCGGCGCCACGAGGAGAGCCUGUGCCACGCCGGCGUGCAGACGUCCCGCCCCGUCUCCAGAGACCCCUCCAUGAAGGAGUACAGCAUGGCCGCCGCGGGGCCCUCGACGUCCGGGGCCGGGGCCACCGCCGGGGCCGUGGCCUCGCCGCCCACGCCCCCGCAGACCCCCUCCACCCCCGAGGCCCUGGAGGGGAUCAGCAGGCAGGUGGAGCAGGUGGACAAGCGGCUCAGCCAGAACACGCCGGAGUACAAAGCCCUGUUCAAGGAGAUCUUCUCCCGGCUGCAGAAAACCAAGAGUGACGUGAACUCCAGGAAGAGCAGGAAGGCUCACAAAUGAGCUCCUCGGAUAAGCUCCCGACAGCACCUGCACCG